GUAGCUGUCAAGUGUCAAGUGCCAGCUGUGGCUGAUGCGGCACCCCUUAUCAGAUCAAUCAGAUAAUCUUUCAGCUCCGUCGUGCGGACCUCGGGGUUAAGCGGCGUGCUCGGGAUAUUCGUAACGGCCAAUUGCAACCCUCAGCCGCAUAUAAACUUGUACGUUUAUUCCCUCAAACACUCAGUCUACAAACUCGUAUCCAAGACACGUUAUUCAUCCUCGCUCUGCGAAAUCUCUACACCCAAAAUGCCAACCAAGCUUCGUCUUAUAGGAGACUUUGUCGCCGUCAUCGGUUCGCUGAUACUACGAGAAAUCGGACUCGCUCUCAAAGCCUUGGUGAUUCGUUUCCAGUCACGUAUUCAUGGAUCCAAAUCUGCAGCAGAGAGACACCGUACGAUUGUUGUUGUCGGGGCUUCAUUUGCUGGCCAUCACGCCGCCAAGGUCAUCGCUACCCUGCUUCCCUACAACUCCGACUACCGCGUCGUUGUCAUUGAGCCAAACAGCCACUUCCAGUUUACUUGGGUCCUACCAAGAUUCUGUGUUGCCAAAGGCCACGAACACAAGGCGUUUGUUCCGUACGGUAAAUAUAUUUCUGCUCCCAAAGGAGCCAUCUCCUGGAUCCAGGCUCGUGUCCAGAGCAUCACGCACGACACAGUGAAGCUGGAGGGGAGCAACGAAGAUAUUUCAUAUGACUAUCUAGUCAUUGCUACGGGGGCUGGUGUCGCUCAUGGCUUGCCCUCACGCGUCAACUGUACCGACAAGACACAGGGUAUUCUGGCGCUUCAGCAGAUGCAAAACAGUAUCGAGGCUGCGAAAUCUUUGGUGGUGGUAGGCGGCGGUGCGGCCGGAGUUGAAGUGGCAACUGAUGCAAAGAGCAAGUACGCAGACAAGCGUGUUACUCUUGUUCAUUCUCGCGACGCCGUCAUGCAUCGUUUUGGAAAACGACUCCAAGAUAUUGCACAGGAAGGACUCGAUCAGCUAGGCGUGGACGUCAUCCUCAACGACCGUGUCAUUAGCGAAAACACUGAAGGCACUAUCAAGCUCAAGUCUGGACGCACCCUCGAUUGCGAGUUUUUGGUCAAUUGCACAGGCCAAAAGCCAAAUUCAUCGAUUCUCGAGUCCAUCGCACCCAAUGCAGUUUCUACAGACGGCAUCAAGGUGCUUCCCACCCUACAGAUUGCAGAUCCAAGCCUUCCAAACAUUUACGCCAUUGGCGAUGUUGCUGCCACCGGCACGCCCCAGCCCAACGGCCGUUCUGCUCGAGAACAGGGAACCAUUGCUGGUAUGAAUGUUAUAGCGGCCGUAUGUGGAAAGAAACCAGCGAAGAUGUAUAAGCCGCAUUGGAUGGAGGGCUUCAUCAAGCUCACGCUUAGCUUGGACCGUUCCGUCACCUUUUUCGGCGACGGUGACAGUAGCUUCCUUUUCAAAUCCAAGGAGAAAAAGGAGGAACUGAUGGCAUCCGACGUCUGGAGAAUCUUUGGUCAGAAGCCUUACCACGAUACGGAGAACGCGCUGCGUAACAACUAGUCGCAAUAAUUUGUAUCAGUUCAUUUGCACGACUAGAAAAGAAGCCAUUUAUACACAUUUUAUCUUAAUUAGUUAAAUUUGGAAAUCCACACGUCCAUUGUAAGAGGUCUCUUGGCCUCGACCUUGGCAGCAGCUGCAAUGACAGCAUCCCGGGCCGACUUGAGCAUAGUCUUGACCCUGUCAUCUUGGAUAUGCUGAUCGAUUUCCUCGACAAAGUGCUUGCCCUUGACAUCUCCGACCUCCCAGCUUCCAUCGAGCAGGUCAACGUCCGGAACAACAUUAUCAUCGCCCUGGAAAGCCCAUCCAGUCUUUUCGGCGCUCUCACGAAUAGCAUUGGGUCCGAGGAGGCAGCGAAUGUUGGCCUCCCUAGCCUUGUUGUGCGCCUCCAAUGACGCACGGGCAAUCGCAGCCAAGACGUGCGCCUCGGCAUCACGCUUCGUUGCCUUGAGAGCGUAUUCUGCAAUGACAAGGUUGGUGGCGCGGCCCUUUAGUGCAGAGAGCAUCUUCUCCAGAAUCUCCGGAGAGUCAAAGUACCAGAUGCAAUGGGCAAACACCACGUAAUCCCACUUGGCAUCGCCGCUGGCAAGGAAUUCCACGGGAUCCUCAUUGUGCCAGGUAAUGCGAGGGCCAAUCUCUGUGCCACUCAGAUGAGCCUGAGCCUGGCCCAGUGUAAGCGGGCAGCCAUAGUCAGGGCUAGCAGGAUCAACGGCAUCGACGUGACCGUCGGGGCCAACAAUAUGCGCCAACACUGAGGUGGUGGUGCCCUGACCGCAGCCAAUCUCAAGCACACGAGCGCCGGGACGGAUUUGCCAAAAGUUGAUGAGAUGCAGACGGUGCUCGGUCUGACCGAUCUCGAUAUACCGAUGCUUCUCAUCGCCAGCGGCAUAAGAGGCGAUUUGGGGAGCUUGGUCCACGGUGAAGGGAGUAAAGGUGGUCAUUGUGGGUUGUGAUGCUGAGCAAUUGAGCUUCGAUUGAGGGUUCAGAGCUCUUCUUUAUACUUGUUCGCUGACACUGGAGACUUUUUUCUGAUGUUUUGUCUGCCUCUCCACACUGUGGUACUUUUGCCAGUAUUCUUUUUGAAUUUUUACCCGAUUGGGACAGUUGUUGUGAGUCAAUCUAGAGACCCCGCCAUGAUGCGCAAGUGAGUCAACAGUAGAUUUCCACCCUGCAUGACAUAUUGUGUGCAAAAAACACACGCUCCAACGUCAAGCAAAAUACAGCACUCUACCUGCGAGUAUAUAACACCUAAUCUGUCAUAAUAGUUAUCUUGGACAUAUAUAUAAGUUAUAUAUAUAUUUAAAAUAAAAUAGCUUCCUUUUAAAAUAUCACGCUAAAAUCAGGUAUUCUAGCUUUGAUCUUUCAAUUUACCACAUUAUAUCAUUGUCUUUAGUUGGCAUCUGCCGGCUUUAUUAAUCUGGCUACAAAGUCCUCAACGCUAGUAAAUUUGUAGUUUGAAAGAAGCUUAUUCCAAUCAUCCGUCACUGUCCAAGCACCACGUGCAGCUGAUAACAAUAGACCGCGUGUAGCGAGCUUUGCAAAUUGUGCUCUUUUUUCUUUGGGAAUGGCUGCAUGUUCUAUAGCAGGCAAGUCGUCCAAUUUGACGACGCCUGCUUCGACGUCGGACUGUUGGAGAAUGUCGACUCUAAAUGGUGUUC